AUGAAUUCGUCACUUUUAAGAGGGUCUGGCGCCGGAGGGAUCCUAUCGUCGAAAUCACAGAAGCCAAUGAUCGAAUCGACAUCAUCAACCACAACCAAUCUCGAAUCGCGUCUACUAGAAGAACAGAAACAAGAAAUCAGAGAAGCGUUCCAUUUAUUCGACAUGAACAACGAUGGGUACUUGGAUUAUCAUGAGUGUAAAGUGGCAAUGAGGGCUCUUGGGUUUGAGUUUACCAAGGCGGAGAUUUUGUCGAUAAUAAAAGAAUACGAUUCGGAUGACAAUAACUUGAUAAAGUACACGGAUUUUUUCAACGUCAUGGGGCUCAAGAUCUUGGAAAGAAACCCCAUUGAUGAAAUAAAAAGAGCUUUCAAAUUGUUCGACGAAGACGGAACUGGGAAAAUAAGUUUGAGGAACUUGAGAAGAAUCAGCAAAGAGUUGGGAGAAAACCUCAGUGAUGAUGAGUUGAGAGCGAUGAUUAAUGAAUUUGAUUUGGAUGAGGAUGGAGAAAUUAAUGAAGAAGAGUUCAUAAAGAUUUGCACCGAGAAUUAG